AGGAGUAUCACUUGAUUACUGACCUGAUUGACCUCCAGUCACCUCACUUCUCGACCUUUUCCUUCGCUUUUCCUAAUGUUGGGAUUUCUAUGUAGACCUACCGAUCCCACCCUACCUCAGAUACCUCAGAUCUACCCUACUUCGUGGAGUCCACGUUAAUACCUGUGUGAAAGAGAAUUUCUUUGCCUCUACCGCGACGGAGACCGUGGAUCGUCUGGUCCCGAUCCCUAGUCAGCUGUACCAUUCAGUCCUCAACCUACGAACCCUUCUGCUCCUAUCUUCUUCCGACGAGAAGUGCUUUCUCGACUUCUCUGAUUCUCUUCCUAUUUCCCUCUCUUCCUCUCCAAUUCACCGUGUUCCUCCCUAGCGCCCUGCCACCGUCAAAGAAACGAAUGCGCCCGCCCCACCAUGGCUCCUCCUGGUACCACCCUCCCUAAGACCCCUCCCUCCCGACAACCAUCCUCCGCACUCACCUUCUUCUCCUCUCCAUCCCGACCGUCUCAGUCUCAGUCUCCUCGUCCUCCAUCGCGCACGACGUCUCGUGGUUACUCGACCUUCGGCCCCGCGGCCAACCGACCCCCCUCCACCACGUCCGACAGAACUCUGGAGUUGUCCGAGCAAGCGGAUGACCCGGAUAACCCCCCGGGGAUGCCCCCACACAUGCACAUCGUUCCGGCUGCAUAUGGGCGGCCGACAGGACGGUGGCACCUGAUUGUGUUGGUGCCGCUGUGGUUUACGCAGUUCACGUUGACGACCGCCUUCACGGCGUGGAUGGCCGUACAGCAUUCGUUGACGAGAGAGCGGAGGGACCCCACGUUCUGGGAUAACUUCCCUACCAUUCUUCUAAUCUUGGCGGCCCUUUGCCUCCUCACCCUUAUCCUCGCCGAAAUCAUCCUCUUCUCCCGCUCCCUACUCUUCCCGCGUACCUUCACACGCCUUCAAUGGGCGAAACUCUUCGCUUCCCUAGCCGGAUGGAUGGUUCUCUUCAUUGUGGCCCUCGUUCUCGAACACGGUAGCGCACUGGAUAUCGUCAAAGGGCUAGUCGUCGUACUCGGCAUGCAACUUCCCUGGCUCGCGGGACUGGCGUAUGCCGCGUUUGUGGAGUGGCGUGCGAGCAAGCAGGACCCAGUUCUGGUCUACGAUGGGGCGAGAGUCAAGGACGUGGAAGACGGUGAUCCGGAACAGGAGUCGAUACCAGAGGAGCAGGCUGCAGAGGAUGCGCCGCUACUACGAGCAGUCACUCGAUGAAUUUGAAGGCCUGAGUGCCGGUGUUCGGUUGCUAUUUUUGACCAGUUGGCAUUAACACGGCGCCUUGGCCCAAUAUAAGGCGUUGGGUCCACGAUUUCACGUUCAUGCUCUUCUUUUUCUGAAUUUACGAUGACCCGAGGGACGAAUUGAUACCCAUGUGCUGCGAUCUUUGACGCUCACAUUGAGCUACGCUGUCCAUAAUUUCAUAGAAGCUACUCCCUAAUUCAUUUCUACAUUCGAG